GCGCAAAAUUGAAUAUGGCCUCCAAAUUCAGAGGGAAAAUUGAGCUUUUUUUUCCUUUGGUUUUUUUCCAAUUCAAAUUAGGUAAUUUGCCUUUUCAGUUCCAUUUGGGGAACCCCUAAUUACCACCGACAUAUUUUAUUGAAUGGCAUUGAUAACGCUCAGCGAGAUUUAAAAAGCUCUAACUUCAUCGUAUUGCACCUCCUUCAAUUAGACACAGUAGCAAAAAAAUGCAGUCAUCCCUUUCAAAUUGGAACGUUCAAAUCAACCAUUUGAGUUUUAGAUCAAACAGAAGCCUACUAAGAUCAAGCUCUCUACCAAGAAAAGAACUCCGUUGUGUUAUUCUCACUUCCUCUGCUAAAUCCUUCUCAAAACUUCUACUCCCAAAUAAACACUGGAUCUCACCCCCUAGCCUCCUGUCGAGAGCAAAAUCAACAAUCCCAGUUCUUGAUUGUGGCAUAUCAUCAGACAAUUUAAGCACAGGUAGUGAUCGGAGUUUUAGGGAGUGGAUUGGGGUGGUUGGUGAGGCGAUAUCUACGGCAUUUCCUAUAUGGGUAUCUUUGGGUUGUUUAUUGGCGCUCAUAAAACCCAACUCCUUCAAUUGGGUCACACCGAAAUGGACCAUUCUUGGCAUUUCCCUAACCAUGCUUGGUAUGGGUAUGACACUUACGUUGGAUGAUCUUAGGUCCGCUUUCGCUAUGCCUAAAGAGCUCUUCUCUGGUUUCGUGCUUCAGUACUCGGUCAUGCCAAUAUCAGGAUUUCUGGUGAGCAAGCUCUUGAAUUUACCAUCACAUUAUGCAGCUGGUCUAAUUUUGGUAUCUUGCUGCCCUGGUGGAACAGCAAGUAACAUUGUAACUUACAUUGCACGUGGAAAUGUGGCCCUCUCUGUAUUGAUGACAGCAGCAAGCACUUUAGCAGCUGUGGUCAUGACCCCAUUUCUCACUGCCAAAUUGGCAGGGCAAUAUGUGGCAGUAGAUGCAGCUGGACUUCUAAUGUCAACACUGCAGGUUGUGCUUCUACCUGUUUUGGCUGGUGCAUUACUAAAUCAAUACUUCCAGGGUCUGGUUAAAUUUGUGUCACCUCUGAUGCCACCCAUUGCUGUGGGAACUGUUGCUAUUCUAUGUGGAAAUGCAAUUGCGCAGAGUGCUUCGACAAUCCUCAUGUCUGGACAACAAGUGGUGCUUGCUGCAUCUCUACUUCAUGCAUUUGGCUUUUUCUUUGGAUAUGUACUUUCAAGGAUGCUUGGGCUUGAUGUGGCAUCAUCACGGACCAUCUCUAUUGAGGUUGGGAUGCAGAACUCGGUGCUUGGAGUUGUUCUUGCAACUCAGCACUUCGGAAAUCCUCUGACUGCAGUACCAUGUGCCGUUUCCAGUGUAUGUCACUCAGUCUUCGGUAGUGUCCUGGCUGGAUUUUGGAGACAAUCCUCUAACCCAAUUAAGGAUUGAUGUCAUUUAUAAACUUCAUAUGAAUUAUUUCUUUGCUUGACAUACAACAUAUAGUUUUAGCAAGUGCAUCAUAGAUUGUUAGUGCUUUGCUUUUAGUAAUGCAUUUAUGUAUUGGAUGAUAAUAUUUUGCCAAGAUGUACUGAAAAAACUGUCUGCUAUGAAGAAAUCCCAUGCAGCCUUUUCAUUGCUACAAGUUACUGAUGCCUAUCUAUAAACUAUAUAAUUAACAUACUA